AGUACGCCCCCGCUUAGAACGACUUCCCGCAUAUAUCGACGUUUUUUUCCGGUCCCUGGGACCAAUAUGCUUUUAAUAUUAAAAUCUAUCCGCUUAUAGCGCCCCCGCUUAUAACGACUUCCCGCUUAUUUCGACGUUUUUCUAGAGUCCCCACAGGAAAAAUCCCGUAUAUUGCGUCCGUAUAUUGCGUCGCUAGUAAACUUUUGUAUCUUCGCGUUAAAACAUGAGUUCUGUUACCGGAAGGCAACCAGUUCGACUACUUUAUUCCGACCCGUGAAGUACGCCUCUUUGUCCCUGUUCGCAUUCGUUAUCUCGGAAUUCCAAGAAUUUCUCACCCCCUCCCCCUCACCUAAGGAAAAGGUCCACCUUGUAAAAAGUCAAAAAAUCAUUGAUGGGGAGCUCUCAGAUCAAGUAAGUAUGCUCUGCGAAAAUACUCAAUUUUAUCUUAAAUCGCCUCCAAUGUUGACCAUUUUUAAAUGAGGCCUUCUAGUAGUAUGGUUAAAUAAUUUUUCACAUCAGUUGAAAGAUUAAAAGAAAUUCAGAAAAAAUACAAGCUGGGAAAGUUUGACAAAUUCUCGUAGAAAAGCAUUGCGCGCCCCAUUUGCCUGUGCCGAUACGAAAGAGCGAGGAAUGGCAGGAAAAGGCAACCCGGAUUCGUUUGAUCUUCGCCGCCGCGUCAUCUCCCCUCGAUUCUAGCUCCAUGACAGGAAACAGGCUGGCGCAUCAGCCAUUCUGGUUCCAAAGGGUUGUAAGGAAAUUUGAAUUCGCCAAAAGAGCGGUGCUUUUAUUGGUGCCAAGAGAGCGAUAACUACGCCAUCUACGCUACGUGCUGUGAGGGUCCAUUCGGUUACUUGUUCACACGUUAAGAAAUGGCUAAAAGAAAAGCUCUUAGUUUCGAUGAGAAAUUAAAAAUUAUACAGCAGUAUGAUGAGAAAAAAGGAGUUACGAAUAAGCAGCAAUUUGCAAAUGAAAUAGGAAUACCUGUAUCUACAUUAAAAACUUUAUUAAAAAAACGGGAAGAAAUUGAAUCCAGCGCCUUUUCAGGCAUCAGUAAAAGACGGAGGGUACGUAAAGGCAAAAAUGAGGAUUUAGAAGAAGUGCUGUACCAAUGGUUCCAGCAAGCUCGAGGAAAUAACUUGCCGAUCAAUGGACCCAUUAUGACGGAAAAAGCCAACGAAAUAGCCAAAGGCUUGGGCAUAAAUGAUUUCUCUGGAUCAGCUGGUUGGCUGGAUCGAUUUCGAAAAAGAUAUGGCAUUAAAUAUCGUCAAAUUAGUGGUGAAGCCGAAGCCGUAGACGACGACAGCAUUGCUCCCUGGAUAGAAAAUCUCCUCCCUAAUCUACUAAAAGACUAUGCACCUGAGGACGUAUAUAACGCUGAUGAAUUUGGAUUAUUUUUUAAAUUAAUGCCAGACAAAUCCUUAGUUUUAAAAGAUGAAAAGUGCCACGGAGGUAAGCUAAGUAAAGACAGACUGACUGUAUUAGCAUGUUCUAAUUGGACUGGAUCUGACAAGUUGAAGCUGAUGGUGAUUGGAAAAUCUAAGUCACCACGGUGUUUUAAAAAUGUGCGAACUUUCCCGUGCAACUACAAAGCACAGAAUAGAGCCUGGAUGACUGGGUGUUUGUUUACUGAAUGGGUGCAACAGUUGGACCGAAAAUUCGGUAAAGGAAAGAGGAAAGUCCUUCUGUUUGUGGACAACUGUCCCGCUCAUCCCAAAGGAAUCCCCCUCAAAAACAUCAAGCUCGAGUAUUUCCCCCCCAACUCUACCAGCAAGCUUCAGCCAUUAGAUCAAGGAGUCAUUAAAGUUUUGAAGCAGAAAUACCGUAAAAAGCUGGUACAGCGUUACUUACGUGAAAUUGAAUCAGGAGAGGACUCUUCCUGUAAAAUAAAUGUGUUGGAUGCUAUCCAUUAUGUUUCGGCUGCGUGGGAUGAGAUCGCGCCAGAUGUGAUAAGAAAUUGCUUUCGAAAAGCGCAUUUUGAGAGCAAAUCUAAUGAAAAUGACCUGAAUGUUGCGGAUUUUCUGGACAUCGAAUUUGAGGAACAGUAUCCUGGAUAUUGUUCAGUUGAUGAUGAUUUGCCUAUCACGGAAACUCUAGAAAUUCAGGAUAUGAUUGACAUGGCGAAAGAUGGAGAAUUCGAGGUUGAUAAUGAGGAAGAGGAAGAAGAUGAACCUCCCCAACUUCCCUCUUUUAUUAGCGCCUGCGAUUCCGUAAGCGUUUUGCGGCAGGCGCUCUCUUCUACCGAAAACUCGGAAGCGAUGCUGAGAGAACUUAACAGGAUUGAAAGUUUUAUAAUAAGAAAUUUUAGGAAACCAACUUCUUAUGAUGGAGGAAAGCAACUCCUUAUGGAGAAUUUUCUUACAAAAAAAUAAUAGCAUAGAUGUAACUAAGAUGUAAUAAAGUUGUAGAGGUUAAAAUGCAUACGCGUUUCUUUUGCUUUUAGACUGUUAUUUUUAUUUCAGCGAUUAAAAACGAGUCAUCAGAUUUUUGUAAGGUAUGUUUUUUUUUUCCUGUUAUCUUCCAAAACGGCAUUUUAAAGAGUUCUGCUUAUAACGUCGUCCCGCUUAAUACGACG